AUGCUUCAGUAUGUGAAGAACUACAGUAUUCGGAGGAGUGCAGAGUACCGAGUGAUUGAAUUGGACCGGUUAAAGUACCAUAUUCAGUACCGUCAGGCUGAUAACGGAGAGGUUCGGAGGGUUGGUAGAGUGCAUAGUUGUCUAGCACCCACCAUGUCUCAAGACCAUCGUCAGCUAGACAGCAGCCUGAUAUGCCGGGUCAUCUUGCUGUUGAUUCAGUCCAACCCCUCUGUAAGCAUUCUAGUUUUGCAAGGUGCGGUCCAAGAAAGCUAUCACUUCAAACCGUCCUACAGAAAGGUGUGGAUGGCCAAGCAGAAGGCAAUUGCACAAAUCUAUGGUGAUUGGGAGGAGUCAUACAAUAAGGUUCCGAAGUUGCUUCAAGCACUGCAGAGCUGUUUUUCUGGUACCAUUUGUGACCUCCGCGUCAAACCAUUCUAUGAUAGGCACCUCCUUGUACGUGACUGCAGUAUGUUCGACAAGGUAUUUUGGUCUUUCCCGUCAUGUGUAGAAGCCUUCAAGCAUUGCAAGCCCUUUGUCUCUGUGGAUGGGACGCAUCUGUAUGGCAGGUAUGGUGGUGUGUUGCUUAUUGCGGUGGCGCAAGAUGGGAAUAGCAACAUCCUGCCUAUUCCCUUUGCCAUUGUGGAGUCCGAGAGUACCGAGUCAUGGUCGUUCUUCCUAACUAAUUUGUGA